CACCACUCACACACACUCACACGCACUCACACGCACUCACACAGAUUCGCCUAACGCCAUGGGUCGAUUCACUGCCUGAGGAAUAAAUAUUAACAUCUUACAUUUUAGACUCUGUUGUUGAGUUUGAAGCACGUGAAGCGGAUCCUCCCUCCACAUUAUGUCAGAGAAGAAAUCCAGACCCUCAGAUGCGCGUCCCAAAAACCUGCGUAGCUGGAGCGUGGACAGCUACAUCCGCAGCGUUAAGAAGCGCUCGCGUGGUCCGCGCCAUGACGCCCCUGCAAGAGGAGGAGAGGAUGUAGACGCGCCAGAUGAGCAGAACGUCCGCUCAACUUCCUGUCCCCAGAGACGGAGGGAGAGGAAGUGCAGCUGCACGGCUAUCGGAGACGGAGACAUCGACUCCAUGUGCAGAAAAGCGCUGUCUCGACGAUCUCUCAGACAGAAGUUCCAGGAUGCGGUGGGGCAAUGUCUGCCUCUCCGUGGCCACCAUCAUCAUCACCACCACCAUCAUCAUCACCAUCAUCACCAGAGCGGCUCAUCGAGACCGUUCUCGGUGCUUCUGUGGUCCAAGCGCAAAAUUCACGUAUCCGAGCUCAUGGAGGACAAGUGUCCCUUCUCGCCGAAGUCUGAACUGUCGCAGUGUUGGCACCUUAUCAAGAAGCAUGGCGCACAUCAGAACGCAUCAUUAGUCCUAGAGGAUCACAAAAGCGGAGGGUUGCCUUCGUCCCCUUCGACUUUUAUUUCCUGGGAGGAAGUCAGUUCUAAUGGUGCUUCCAGCUUGACCGACUGGGACACGUCCUUUAUUCACGGAGCGCCCCAGUGUUGCGCCCACGCCGACUACAUCUUAGUUCCCGAUCUUCUCCAAAUCAACAACAACCCUUGUUAUUGGGGCGUCCUAAACCGCUUUGAGGCCGAGCAGCUCCUAGAAGGCCAGCCUGAAGGCACCUUCCUGCUCCGAGACUCUGCCCAGGAUGACUACCUGUUCUCAGUCAGCUUCAGGCGCUACAGCCGCUCUCUGCACGCCCGCAUAGAGCAGAGCGGUAAACGCUUCAGCUUCGACUGCCGUGACCCCUGCAUGUACAGAGACGUGAGCGUCACGGGCCUGCUGAAGCACUACAGCGAUCCAGCCACGUGCCUGUUCUUCGAGCCGCUCCUGUCUCGCCCCCUUCCCAGGAAUUUCCCGUUUUCCCUGCAGCAUCUGUGCAGGGCAUUAAUCUGUAGCUGCACUACGUAUCAGGGCAUCGAGACUUUGCCUCUGCCUCACUCACUCAGGGAUUACCUCAGGCAAUACCACUUCAAAUGUGACGGGGCUUGUGACGUGUGACGAACUAGACGGAAAAGCAAACGGACUUGUGUUAGAGUCAUAAAGAACGUGGGUUCCUGAGUGGCGUAAUUAUUAUUAUUUUUUAACUGAAGAUCGCGAAUUCAAAUGGAAACGUUACAGCCGUCUGUCUGAGCUCGGGAAAGGACAUUAUCGUCCCUGAUUUUCUGGGAGGAAGGAAGACGAUGGCCUCUAUUAACUCAUUUAUACAAAACAGGGUAAUAAUAGUAGUAACAAAAUUAAAAUUAAAACUACAGUAAAUACCUGACAAAAGAAUUACGACUAAACAACUAAAACAAAAUGUCUCUCACGGUAAAAAAAAAAAAAAAAAAAAAAAAGUCCCUCUGAUUUCAGAAAUAAAGGUACUAAACUGUACUUUUCCUUGUUGUUGUUGUUUUUGUACCUCUAGCUUGUAUCUUUUACCUGAAAAAGUGAAUAUAAGAUCAUUUUAAGGUACAUAAUUUGACUUAAGUAUCACUGACGUACCGUAAAUGCACACCCUACAGGUACAUAUCGCAACAGCAACCAGGACGUUUAUUGGUACCUUUAUUCCUGAGUGUGUGUAUGCAGAUUUUGUUUAUUUACCUGAUACAUUUUUGCGUUUUCUUUUUGUUUUUUAUUUAUUUAAAC